AUGCCCUUCCAGACGACAUCUCUUCUCCCAUUGACUGUGUCUGUCUCCUCUGUGCCUGACAGCCUGAGCCCUCCCACCAGCGAGCCCCUCCACCCCCGACCCCACGACCAGCACAAAGACGACAGAGACCGACUACCCAGUGCACCUGCCUCCGCCGCCUCAGACGCACCUGCCUCGACACCUCCAGUGGGCAAGAGCAACCCGCCCCCGCCUUCCUCCCGUGGUGCCAUCAACCACGCGAGACGCUACACGCUUUCCCGCUUCCCUCUACUCCGCAAAGGAAGCCGCGAAUUGACCAGAACGCCCUCUACCACAAAGAGCCCCGCAGAAUCGCCCUUUUACGCUACAGGUGCACCGCGCUCCUCACAGUCGCUUGCGCGUGGACCAGAUCUUUCUCCCGCACACGAAUCCGCCGCCAGCCUCCACGACGACGGCGACGUCAUAGCUGAAGAGGCGGAAAGCACACAACUUCUGUUAGAGAGGCCGAGAGCAGGCAAGCCCGACAAGAUGCAUCAAACAAGUUCGCGGUUACUCCGCAUGACCGACGAUGAGCGGCCCUAUACUAGGGACUUCAAGGAUCUCUUCUCAACACUCAUGGUCUCGCUUCCCCUUACAGCACAUCGCGUUCGCUUCAGGAUGAUUGACUUUACUUUCACAUCAGAUGAAGCAAUCACCAAUCUUGGAUCCCUCAAAUUCUCUCAGUCAAACCGCAUGCCUGAUCCCAAAGACUCAUCACGUGUCGUGACUACCACCACUACCACCACGUUCUCAAUGGCCAAGGAAAUGGCUCGUUCCGUCUGCCAGAAGUUCCUCGAGGCUAAGUUUGUCGAGUCGGUAGAAGGCAAGACAGACUUCAUGAACAAGAGCUCGGUCUGGCAACUUACGCCCAAGGGCAUUCAUAUUCUGGAGCGGUUUUGCACACGCAACGGUAUCGCUUCAGCUCACGUCAAGGCAGUCAUCGAGUCCAACAGGAAUCCCCGACAAUUAGUCGUUCUUGAGCGUAACACCGAAACUGACAAGCUCCAUCAUGACGAACAGACUGUUGAGAUCCUCUUCCGCCGCUUCAUUGGUACCACGGCAAAUGAGACCCAAUCGGAUUCCGACUCAAUACAUGAGUUCUCAAAGUGUGAUGUUGGAGUUAAGCUUGUCAAGCAUCGACCUACCUCGCAACGCCAGUACGAGUACACCUUUAACGGACGCAAUGCCGCACAGUGGCUCAUGGACUGCACAACUAUGGUUGACCCCCGCGAAUCUGUCGAGGUUGGCUCAUUAUUCUUGCAACUCAAGCUUAUCGCCCCAGUUGAUCCUCGCAACUCAGAACACCAGUUCCAGCCCUCCAAGCAGGUACACUACUACAUCACCAAUCACGGGGAGCGCGUUGCUGGCUGGCUCCUGGAGGAAGUCCCAUCUGGUGGAGAGAUCGCAGUGAAGUCAAGAGACGGGGUUGCCCGCGAUUCCAACAGCAACCGCACCAACGUCAUCAUCCGCAACCCUUCAUGGCGCCUUCUGUACCGCGAGUUCCUCAAGGAAACCAUGUGUGAGGAAAACCUCUCCUUCUACCUUGAGGUCCAGCAGUUCAACAAGCAGUACCGGGAUGCUAUCAACGACAAAGGUGACAACAAGGUCGAGACGAUCCGGGAGACACUUGCUGCAGCUUAUGGUUUGUACAAUGCUUUCUUAGCUCCUGGCUCGCCCAACGAGCUCAACAUCGACCAUGGUCUUCGUACACAACUAGCCACUCGCAUGACCCGUGCCGUCGGUGACGACGCAGCCAUGCUGCAAAGCCUUAACGAAGUUGCUUCCCUUUUCGAGAAGGCACAGCAAUCUAUCUUUAAGCUGAUGUCAAGUGACUCUGUACCCAAGUUUGUAAAGCACGCCAAAUACGGCCCUCAACUACGCGGUCUUGACGCCGCCGCUGCGUCCGCCUAUGUCGCCUCACCUACUGCCACUCGAUCAUAG